AUGAAGCUCAAAUCCUGGACGGUGAGAAUUACUAACCUCCAGGAGCCAGUGGAUCAACAGCGCGUUGACCACGAACCCAUCGCAUCUGGAAUUACAAUGAUGAGCUUGUGGGGCCUCUGA